GCGGUUUGGCGGGGACACACGGCCGCUCGGAGGCCGCCGAGGCCGCCGCGAUGCUCCCCUCUUUGCGGGAAUCACUGGAUGGGGAUGAAAAGGAACUAGAGAGCAGCGAGGAGGGUGGCUCCGCUGAGGAGCGGAGACUCGAGCCGCCGCCCAGCAGCCACUACUGUCUCUACAGCUACCGCGGAAGCAGAUUGGCACAGCAGCGAGCGAACAGUGAUGAUGGAAGCCCUAGCGGCACAAACGCAGAAACUCCAUCUGGUGAUGAUUUCAGCCUCUCCUUGGCAGAUACUAAUCUACCAUCUGAAGUGGAGCCAGAGCUGCGCAGUUUCAUUGCUAAGCGUCUUUCUAAGGGAGCCGUCUUUGAAGGGCUGGGUAAUGUUGCAUCUGUGGAGCUGAGAAUUCCAGGUUACCAAGUCGGUUGUUACUACUGCCUUUUCCAACAAGAAAAGCUGCUUCCUGAAACAGCAACAAUGGACUCGGAACCUAAUUCUUCAGAGUACGUGGUCUGUUUUUUAGGAGGGUCUGAAAAAGGACUUGAGCUUUUCAGGCUUGAAUUGGACAAGUACAUUCAAGGGCUGAAAAAUAACAUGAACUGUGAGGCAAGGGCCGGGGAGAACCACAUACAGUCCUACCUGAGCAGCUGGUUUGAGGAUGUUGUAUGCCCAAUCCAAAGGGUGGUUCUUCUCUUUCAGGAGAAGCUUAGCUUUCUGCUCCAUGCUGCUCUGAGUUAUACUCCUGUUGAGGUUAAAGAAUCAGAUGAAAAAACAAAGAGAGACAUUAACAGGUUUCUGAGUGUGGCCAGUCUCCAAGGCCUUAUUCACGAAGGCACCAUGACAUCUUUGUGCAUGGCCAUGACGGAGGAGCAGCAUAGGUCUGUGAUCAUCGACUGCAGUGGCUCCCGGCCUCAGUUCCACAAUGCAGGAAGCAAUCGGUUUUGUGAGGAUUGGAUGCAGGCUUUUUUGAAUGGUGCUGAAGGAGGUAACCCUUUUCUUUUUCGACAAGUCCUGGAGAACUUUAAACUAAAGGCCAUACAAGACAUAAAUAAUUUGAAGAGAUUUAUCCGGCAGGCAGAAACGAAUCAUUACGCUUUGUUUAAGUGUUUCUUGUUCCUAAAGAACUGUGGUAGUGGAGACAUCCUUUUGAAGAUUGUUAAGGUGGAACAUGAAGAAAUGCCUGAAGCCAAAAAUGUGGUAGCCGUCCUUGAAGAAUUUAUGAAAGAAGCUCUUGCCCCAAGUUUCUGAUCACAUGUUUUGAGAAAACUGUAUUGUGAAGUUACCUAAGCCUUGGUGUUCGAAACUGCAAUUGUUACAAUUGUUGUAGGAUUGCUAUUUAAGAUUAUUUGAAACAUUCUAGCUUUUUUUUUUUUUGUACUUUUAAGACAUAAAAAUCUGAGGAACGUCUUCACUGAGUCUUAGAGAGGUGUGCAUUCAAGUUGUGAAGUUUUUACAUUUGCUGGACCCAUAAAUUCUAGACUUCAGAGAGCUAUUGUUUAAAAACUUCAGAGGUGAUUUUGUGGCUUCUCUGAGGAGUUUGCUGCAAUAUUUAGCAACUUUUCUUCCCAGAAAGAUCAUGAUACUUCUUUCUCAAUGUACUAUAGCCUCUUCUAAAAAAUGUAUUCCUAAUUUUAGGACAAAUUAACAAUAAGACAUCGUUUCAAAGACAGAUCUGUGCAUCCUGUGGGUGCUUGAUAGACUUUUUCAGUCUGAUUGCUAAUGGCAUGGAUGAUGAGGCCAGCUUUGAUGUCAAUAUGCAAAUAAAUCAUGAGUGUGUAAGGAAUGAAAUGAGCUUUAAAAACAGACACACUAGUUUAAGGUAAAACAUCUCUGAUGGAGAACUACUGCAGAAUUGGCCCCAUCACUUUCCUUCAUUCAUUUGUUCACAGGUGUUUGCCAACAGCCUAUAUUUUCUUUUUUCUGUUAUAUGGAAAUGCUGGAAUUUUUAAGCAGAAUGUUAAAGAAAGAAACAAAGUACAUAAAUUUUACAAGCAAACUAUUACAUAAAGCAAGCAAACAGAGAUUCUUCAUGUCAGACUUACUCAUUGAUUUUAGUUUUUUGUACAUUUGUUACAAGCCUUAUAUUGUUUUACUCUGAAUCAAUCGAAAGUGCCCUCCGUUAGAGCCAUUUAUAAUAAUUCCCACAGAAGCCGACUGUAGCUGCACACAUACAGCUGCAGUUUGUUCUGCAGAGCUCUUUAAUAAAUCCAUUUGAUAAUGAUUUUUGUUUAGAAGAUCAGAAGUCUUGUGUUCUCACUGCCCUCGGGAGACCCACCCUGACUGCUCCGUGGAACACAAGCUUGUAAAAAUCCUCUCCUAAACUCAUCUAAAUUCACAUUAAGUGCUGAGUUUUAACUUUCAAAAUGACUGACAACAGGAUUCUGCGUUCUCUUCUGUAGAAGUCUAGAGACAUGACUCACCAAGCCAUUUCUUUUCUUUUAACGAGAAAUACAAUUCAGGAUCCUCAGAAAGGCUUUCAUGUGGUUUUAAACUUUAAUAACUUGGAUUGUAGUCAGUGUAGGAAAAAAAAUCCAAGUAGCAUCUUUUUUAUAGCAUUAAACUCAGAAUGACUAUGGGAAACAAUUUUAUGGCACAACCCUUGAAUCUGACCGUUUCUGAUGUAGGGUUGCUCACUUGGAAAUCAAUUUUUUAAAUAAACAACAUUAGGACAUCAACAUUUUGAGUCUGGAAAACAUAUUUUUCAUCUUCAAAUCCACAUAUCAUUCAAGGAUCCAUGUUGUAAAUAGCAUUUGCAGACAAAUGUAUUACCUGCUUCCAGUCACUUGUGGAUCGAGUCAAGGCGUAACUACAUACUCUUUAUAUGUACAUUUCUAUCUAUUUUUUGUAAUGUCAGCUCACUACAUGACACACUUGUAUACAGUACAGCCUCAUUUUAAAAGGGUUGCUGCAUCACUACUGCAGGUGAGGCGACUAGUGAGACGGAGGUGAACAUCCUGCAGGCCCUGAGAAGAGACUCAAAGAGCUCAUGACUAGAAACAUGCACUGUACUGACAUUUUAAUAAGCUAAUACAUUAACUUCUAAAGUUUUACAAAGGAUUUGUUCAGGUGUGGAAUACAUUACGUACUAUUUGUGUGCUGUACGUACAGAGGAAAUGUCUGUCAUGCAUCUCAGUUGGUCUCAGUUUUCCUGUAAUUAUAUUUUUAAUAGUAAUAAUAAAACAUCUUAGCUUCUCA